UGAAGCAACAACUUCUAAUAAUCUCACACUCAACUCCAGCAGACUGAAUAUGUCUUAUUAUGGCAAUAUAAACAUUUCUGGGAAACAUGGGAUGGAAAAAGAAUAUGAAGAAAUUAAUAUCAACAGCAGUGAUGUCAAUACAGGAAAAGAGUACAUGGACAUCCAGAGACACCAAACACCUAAAAACACAGUGAGGAUCAGAAACUACAGAGCAGCUUUAGUGUGUUUGGUGCUGCUGUGUGUUCUUCUGCUGACUGCAGUCAUAGUGCUGUGUGUCCACAUCUAUACAAAGAACACAAACUGCACACAAGAGAGAGAUGAGCUAAUAACAGAGAAAGGAAAUCUGUCAAACAAGGAAGACCACCCAGUUGUUGGCAAAGAUCAGUGCUCUGACAACCCUAAAUGGAUAACGUACAAGCACAGUUCCUACUACAUUUCCUCUAAAUGGAAGAACUGGAAUGACAGCAGACGAGACUGUUUGCAGAGAGGAGCAGAUCUGGUCAUCAUAAACAACAAAGAGGAACAAGAAUAUAUUACAAGGGUUACUAAUGCAAACAUUGUGUGGAUUGGUCUGACUGACAGUGAUAAAGAUGGGGUCUGGAAGUGGGUUGAUGGCAGCGCACUGAACAGGAUCUGGAGUUUCUGGGGGCCCAAUGAGCCCAAUAGCAGAGUUGGAGAUGAGGACUGUGUUAUAUCUCACUAUAGCUGGGCUGAUUUUCCAUGUAAUUAUACAUUUGCAUGGAUUUGUGAGAGGAAUUAAGAGGUUUAACAAAGCUGUUACAUCAAAUCUGUACAUCCAAAGUA